GGCGCAUGCGCAGAGCUGCGACCGCUGCCGAUAUGUUGCCCACUCCCAGUAUGUUUCCUGUUUUGCAAGUGGUCGUCCGUGUCAGGAGACUUAGGUUCAGGCGGCUGCUAGACCGUGAUCGACCCCGCACACGGAGCAGGGCAUGAUCAGCUGCAGUCUGAGGGGAAGAGCGCCUGCGAUCCUAGGAAAGCCGAGGGGCGUCGGGGCAGCGGCUCGACGCGUGGGUUUCUCUUUAAUCCUUCCGACUUCCCCAAGCCCCGCGCACUCCGGUUCCGCUCCAAGUGCGGGACCCGUCCGGGGUGUGUCGGGGUGCUCGGCCGGAGGCGGCCGGUAGAAACUUUCCCUCAUGGAGUUUCUAUGUGUCUAUCAUAUAUGUCACAUACACAAACACAUCUAAUGCAUAAUACAGUUGUAGACAUAAUGAGAUUAUUUGAAUGCAAAAACAAAUAUACUUUUAGACUCUUGCCCUAUACAGUAUGAUGCGGCUCGAAUAUGUGUCUCCACCAAAUCUCAAGUUGAAUUGUUAUCCCGAAUGUUGGAGGUGGGACCUGAUGGGAGGUGACUGGAUCGUACAGGUGGAUACCUCAGGGCUUGGUGCUGUCCUUGAGAUAAUGCGAACCCCAGCAUGUGAAUUGGACCCAGUUGGAGGUCGAAUAACAGUAGUUGCUGAAUCUUCAGGAAGUUGAAGGGGGCAGUGUCCAGAAAUACCUGUCUAGGAAGAUAUAAACUGAACGAAAGCAUCAACACCAAUCACACUGUUUCUGAAGAACUAGAGUUUUCAGUGUCAGCAAUGGAAAACCUCAAAGGGAAUACUGAUCAGGGUCCUACAAAUGAAGAAGCCUAUAAACAUGAAGGCCAAUUUUCAAGGCAGACAAAAUGCCCUGCACAGAAGAAAUCCUCUUUUGAGAAUACAGUGGUCAGAAAAGUGUCAGUGACACUCAAAGAAAUUUUCACAGAGGAGGGAGGCCCUGAAUCCUGUGAAUUUAGUCUAAGCCCAAACCUUGACACACAACAAAAAAUUCCAAAGGGCAAUAGAUCCCCAAUAUCUAGGAAAAACUCCAAAGAUAAUUCAGACUUAAUUAAACACCAAAGGCUUUUCUCACAAAAAAAACCUUGUAAAUGCAAUGAAUGUGAAAAAGCCUUUAGCUACCAAUCAGACCUUCUUAUACACAGUAGAAUUCGUGGUGGAGAAAAGUCUUUUGAAUGCAAUGAAUGUGGGAAAUCUUUCAGCCGAAGUACACACCUUAUUGAACAUCAAAGAAUUCACACUGGAGAGAAACCUUAUGAAUGCAAUGAUUGUGGAAAAGCUUUUAGCCGGAGCACACAUCUUAGUCUACAUCAGAGAAUCCAUACUGGAGAAAAACCAUAUGAAUGUAGUGAAUGUGGAAAAGCCUUUAGCCGAAGCACUAACCUUAGUCAACAUCAGCGAACUCAUACUCAAGAAAGGCCUUACAAAUGUAAUGAAUGUGGGAAAGCCUUCAGUGACCGUUCGACUGUAAUUCAGCAUCAACGAAUACAUACUGGAGAAAAUCCGUAUGAAUGUAGUAAAUGUGGAAAAGCUUUCAGUUGGAUCUCAUCGCUUAUUGAACAUCAGAGAGCACACACUGGGGAGAACCCCUAUGAGUGCAGUGACUGUGGGAAAGUGUUCAGUCGAAGUUCAUCUCUUACUGAACAUCAGCGAAUCCACACUGGAGAAAAGCCCCACGAGUGUAGAGUGUGUGGAAAGGGCUUCAGUCGAAGCUCAUCCCUUAUUAUUCAUCAGAGAACUCAUACCGGGGAGAAGCCGUACAAAUGUAAUGACUGUGGAAAAGCCUUCAGUCAGAGUUCAACUCUCAUCAGACAUCAGCACCUACAUACUAAAGAGUAAUAUCUGAGCUUUUAUUAAUGUUAACACAAGAACACACAUACCUAACCUCCCACCAUAGAAAUAUAUGUAUUUCAAGUAUAUAUAUGUACUUGUUCUAAUUUUCUUUUAUUAGAUACCUGUACCCAUUUUAAGCUUUCAUUCCUUCUGUCGAUCUAUUCUUCUUUCCUCUCCCCUCCUUUUCUCCCUCGCUCUUACUUUUUCUACCUCCCCUUUUUCUUUUUCUUUUCUCAAAUGAGUUCGCAAUAAAACAAAGAGAUGACUCAAAAAACUUAACAUAUACGAUCUAAUAUUCUGAAAGGCUCCAACUUUAGAAUAUAAAGCUACCUGACACCUUGUAGUUUCUCCACUAAUCAUUCCAUCAAGCAUGCAUCCCCAACCUACCAGCUGAUCCUCUGUUUUCUAACCACAUCAGCCCCUUCACAUGAAGAGAAAAUCCUGUGUGUGUGUCUUCAUACUUGCUGGCUCUAGUAACAGAAGUGAGGGAUCUGGCUUCAGAACAGGACUAAAAACUUCUCACCAGUCUGGGGAUAAUAGUGUUGAGGCAAAUUCAUUCUUUUGACUUGAAAAGAUAGAUUUUUCUCAUCUUGCUCCUUCACUCACCUUUCUUGCUGUAGUAUUUUUCCUUAAAAUGUAACUCAUUGUUUUACUGAUGUGCCUAAUGCCUAACUAAUCCCAGUGUUAUUUUAUCACAUUUUUACCAAAAAUGUUCUAAAAAUCUUGGAGACAUUUCUUCAUGAUCUUGGGGGAAAAGGUUGCCAAUUGCUGAGCCUUUUUU